CCUCACUUAGUUUGAUCUCUCUCCAUGUCGGAUCAAGAAUUUAGAGACUUUUACUACCAUGCAAGCACUACCUUCAACGACGAUCAACAUCUUGAAUCCGACAUGUUUAGGGUUUCAUCGGCUGGUCAUCCUUCUUCAUACAUGAACUUCAUUGACCGGUUCAACGGUUCGAUGGACGAUUACGGUCUACUCGAAAAGGCCUUCAGGUUGUCAUCGGAAGUGUUUACUCCUAAUCCUUCCAUUUAUUCUUCCUCAAGCGAGGCCGUCGGUAAUUGUGAAGAAGAUUCAGACAAUAAUAAGAACAAGCAGCCGAAAGAGUCGGACGAUGGAGGCAAAGAAAGCCCUAAGAAAGGGAACAAAGCAGCUAGAAAGAAAGAAGAAAGGAAGCAGAAGGAACCACGAUUUGCUUUCAUGACUAGAAGUGAAGUUGAUCAUCUCGAAGAUGGAUACAGAUGGAGAAAAUAUGGACAAAAAGCUGUGAAGAACAGCCCUUAUCCAAGAAGCUAUUAUCGGUGCACUACUCAGAAGUGUACGGUCAAGAAAAGGGUAGAGAGGUCGUACCAGGACCCAUCCACAGUGAUCACGACGUACGAAGGCCAACACAACCACCCGCUUCCUACAUCGCUGAGAGGGAACACGGCGACGCUUCUCCAGGCUUCGAUGUUUCCGCUGGCGGGGACGACGAGCUUACCGCACGAAUUGUUCAAGCAGAUGACAGCGCCUCAUCACAUGAAUAACCAAGCUUGUGCAGAAAACUUUAGCCCUUUCCAGCAGUACUACCAGCAUCAUGUACCUGACUAUGGGCUUCUUCAAGACAUGGUUCCUUCCAUGUUCCUUAAGCAAGAACCAUGAAUCUCUUUCUUUUAUAUAUAUAUAU